AUGGCACCUAUAACAUUCGUGCACCCGCUGCCGUACUACUGCGUAUGUGUGUUCUGCGGGACGGUUCCCUCCAAGGCGAUACAGCUUCCCUGCCUCAACAUUAUGUGCGAUGAAUGCCGAAGCACAGCCAUCAGGGGCACGAGAGAAGCAGUCCGCGUGAAACAUGAAGCCUGCGACGAAGCCAAGACGCGCGUGAUCUGUGCUUGUCCCUGUGACAGCGCCCCGUUGUACGAGUGCGACCUCCAACAGGACCUUUCCAGCAUGAAGCACAUCGAACGGGAGAUGGUGUUUUGCGUGCAGGCAGGCUUGGGGUGCCAGUUCCGGGGGAAGCUCAAGUACCUCAAGCAUCAUUACUACUUCGACUGUCGCCAUGGCCCCAAAACCUGCGACCGCUGCGGCAGCACCCACAUUCCAGCAUUCGACCUUCAACGGCAUACCCUGACCUGCCCGCGACGGUAG